UGGUUAUGUGAAAUGAUGGAUAUCUAACACCUAACCUUACAUUCGUAUUGUCAAUUAUAUACGAAUAUUAUAAACGUAAAUAUAUAAAGAUGCUGCAAUCACAUUUAACUCGUUUAUCCUUAAAUAUUAAUAAUUGUUUAAUAAAUUAUCAAUGCGUUCGUUGGCGCAGGAAGCCAAGAUGGUUGCCCGUAGCUAAAAGUAAAAUGUUUAAAGUGCCUGAGCGCCCCAAUGUACCAUUAGAGGAAAAACUCGAAUUACAGAGGCUACACAACAAUUACCAUACACAAGUACGAGCUAUUCGAAAGUAUUUAAUAGCAGAAGUUGGAAGAGAGAGUAUUGGUGAAAAUCGAUUUCAUAUGACACCAGAGGAAGAACUAGAAGAUUUUGCACAAUGCAUGAAAAUUAAUGAUGAGUGGAAUAAGAAAGUUGCAGAAAUAAGAAAUAAGAGACUAGAAAAUGAAGCAUUAAAGAAGAAACAAUUAAUCAAUGAAGAUAUUGAACAGAAAAAUGCUUUGAAAUUACAAAGACUAAUGGAAGUUGAAGAAAAAGUUUUAAAACUUAAGGAGGAAAGUAAAACUUUUAUAACUAAACAUAAUAUUGAUGCAGCUAUUGAAGCAGCACUGACACAAGUUGUAGAUUAUAAUUUUUCUAUAGAUACUAAAGGAAAUAUAAACAAAGGCAGAAUAACAAAAAAUGAAUCAGAACAAUCAAAUACAUAGUAAUUUUGAAUGGAAAUAGAGGUAAUAUGUCAUAAUAAAAUAAUAAUACAUUUCAAAUAUAUAAUAAAUCACAA